AUGUAUAAUUAUAAAAUAAUAUUAUUAUUAAUAAUAUUUUAUAAUUUUUAUAUGAAAAUAAAUGGAUUAAAUACAACAAAUGUUGAUUAUUAUCAAAUAAAAAGAUAUGAAAAUUCAGAUUGUACUGGAGAAGUAAUGACAUUUUUUGUAUUUUAUGAAAGUUUAAUAUUCUCAUCAUACCUUUCAAUCCAAUUCCUAUGUGAUAAUUCCAAUAGAGAUAAUAUAACUUGUGCUAUGGUAUCAGGUUAUCCUGAUGGUCAAUCAAUUACAAAUUUAGAAAAUCCAAUUCAUAUCAGUUCAACAGCUUGUUCAAGAGGUUAUAAAUUAUUUUAUGAAAAGGAAUUUGAUUAUAAUGAAAAAAAAUAUUGUGUAGUUUCUGAAUAUUCAACGUAUGUAAUAGAUUAA